GACCUCUCGGCGGGCGCCAUGUUGAAAUGCGCUCUCGUUGCCUGUAGCUUAGCAGCAGUUAGCCACCAGUCUGACUGAGGGCAACGACGUGAUGGAAAUUGACUCGCUUGAAGAGGCUCUCAGAGAUUUUGACAAGAAAACAAAGAAGGAGCCAUCCCCUGUUUUGGAGCAGUUUUUAUGCCAUGUUGCCAAGACUGGACAGACCAUGGUUCAGUGGUCUGAAUUCAAGAAUUAUUUCUUGUUUAAAUUGGAGAAGGUGAUGGAUGACUUCAGCACCUCGGCACCAGAGCAAAGAGGACCUGCAAAUCCUAAUGUGGAGUCCGUUCCAUUCGAGGACAUGAAGGAGAGAAUCUUGAAGAUUGUGAAGGGAUACAAUGGAAUCCCUUUCACAAUCCAGCGCUUGUGUGAGCUGCUCACAGAACCCAAAAGGAACUACACAGGAACAGACAAGUUUCUCAGAGGGGUGGAGAAGAAUGUAAUGGUGGUAAGCUGUGUCCAUCCUACUUCAGAAAAAAAUGGAUGCGGUGCUGUCAAUAGGAUGAACGGAGUGAUGCUUCCAGGAAACACAUCUUCAUUUACAGAGAGGAAAGUGAAUGGUCCAGGAACCCCCCGACCACUGAACAGACCAAAGUUAUCUCUGGCCAACUCACUAGCAGCUAAUGGUCUGCCAGACAGCACAGACGACAAAGACCUCAGCACAGAGCUAGAAGGCAACAAAGACACGAGCGAGGCUUCACAUUCAGAAGACUCUCCUGGGAGUGCUGUGAAGAACAAACACUCAGACGAGGAAGAGGACAUGGAACCUGACCACCAAGAAGUAAAAAGACUGAAGUUCAGCGAGGAGGAGGACGAGGAGGAGGAUGAAGAAGAGCAGGAGGUGGACACACUUGACCCGUCGGACAGCUCCUGCCUCUCUAAAGAAGCAGAAGCCAUGGUCCAAGAGAAGGAAGAGAAGGUUCUGAGUGAAGCCUCCAGCUCUGCUGCCACCGAGGAGCAAGAGCCAACCAGCAGCACCCAGGCUGAGAUGUGCUCAGGGCCGGAGGAGCAGGCUCAAAGGCAGGUACUGUGCGGUUCUGAUGAGGAGGGCAGCGACAUGGAUCAGACCGAUCAGCAGGAACCUGCUGGUGUCCUGGAGAGACCUGAGACCAGCAGGGACAGUGAGGAGAGCAGCAGCGACCCAGUCAGCAGCAGUAGCAGCGGUGGUAGCAGCUGUAGCAUAGAGGAGGGGGUGGAGGCGCCCAAGGAGGACUCCACCGUCUCUCCUUCCAGCAGUACGACUGAACCCCCUACAGAGGGCGCCAUCGGAAGUGCCAUUUCACACACUGGGACCACUGAGGAGCCUAUGGAGCAGGACUAGACUGAGGACCCCCCUUGCAGCCAUGUGACCAUGAACCAGCUCAUCCUUGAGUCCAGCCUUACUGUCCCUGAGGACAAAGGCACCUCAAACAAGACAAACACCUCGUCCCACUUCUGGACACUCCUCCAAAAACAGCUACCUGGCAUCGAU